AUGACAGAUCAACCCACCGUUGCGCCAGCCUUGUCGACGCCAGCCGAACACCUUUUCGAGCACGUUUCUGAAGAGGCUCGCGGUGACACAGGCCAAGAGUCACACGCCACCAAUCAUGAUCUAGCCGUCGUCUACGAAGUUGCUCGCACUGCCCAGGAGCUGCAUGAUGGCGGCCGACGUCGCAUCGCCCUGCAGUUCCCCGACCACAUGCUGCCAGAUGCCCCUGCAGUAGCGGCUCUUCUAGAGGAUGCACUGGCGGCCUUGCGGGAUGCGGAUGAUGCUCUCGUCAAGUCUGACAAGCUGGAAGCUGCCGCAUCGAGUCAAACCGACCCAAACUCUCUGGUGGCUGUGAACAAGGUCUCGGAGUCCUCCAACCAGGCUGCCACUGAUGUGCAAGGCUCAUCAUCUAAAGGCACCAAGACCACAUCCGCAAGCCCCAAGAAGCAGAGGAUAUAUAUCCUCGCUGACACGUCUUACAGUGCCUGCUGCGUUGAUGAGAUUGCUGCUGAGCACGUCGACGCGGAUGUGGUGGUGCAUUAUGGCCGAUCAUGCCUAUCUCCAACCUCUAGGCUUCCAGUCAUUCAUGUCUUCACCAAGCAUCGCCUCGACCACCAAGCUGUCAUAAGCGAAUUCAUCAGGGAGUUCCCUGCCAUUGACAGUCGAGUGGUUCUCAUGGCCGAUGUUGCAUAUCAAGAUCACGUGGACUCGAUUGCGUCUGAUAUAAGCGCGCGUGGGUACACCAAUGUUCUAGCGACUUCGGUCAUACAUCUUCCGUUUGGCAAGCUGCCUAAUAGGACUGCUCGAAAUCCCAGCGGAGAAAGUGUGGAAUUUGAAGGGCCGUCAGCUGUAGACCUUACCCAGUAUGACAUAUUCCACAUAUCCACUCCCCCUACCUCGCUUCUCCUCGCACUUUCAUCUCGGGUCAAGUCCCUUCGCAUUUUCCCCACCGCAGCACCCAACACAUCGUCAUCUUCGCAUUUGUCGGAUGCACCGUCUGUGGCUCAAUUCUCCCGCCGCCUUCUGGGACGGCGCUACGCCAAGCUGCUGACCCUUUCGACGGCUGGCAUCAUUGGUAUUCUGGUGAAUACGCUUUCGGUUUCGAAUUAUCUAUCCUCAUUGGAUGCGAUUCGAAAGCAGAUUGCUGCGGCGGGAAAGAAGAGCUACACAGUGGUGGUUGGCAAGCUGAACCCGGCAAAGCUCGCCAACUUUGCCGAGAUUGAUGGCUGGGUCGUUGUCGGUUGCUGGGAAAGCAGCCUAGUCGAGGAUGAUGCGUCCUUCUAUAGGCCAGCCAUUACUCCCUUCGAGCUCGAAGUCGCCCUCAUGAAGGAUGAAGAGCGGAUAUGGGGUGAUAAGUGGUGGGGUGGGAUCGAAGCUGUCAAAGCACCACAAGAAGGCGCGGACAUGUCUGAUGGAAAAGAAAAAGCCGCAACUGGACCCGACGGACUUUCAUCUCAUGACGCUGAAGAAGACGAUGAUGAGUCGGCACCACCAGAGUUUGACCUCCGCACAGGCAAGUUGGUCAGCCGAAGCCGUCCGAUGCGUGGCCAACGGGUUGCAAAUGCCAGCGCAGGGGACAAUGCUACGCCACGCGCGCCAUUAUCUGGCCAAUUAGCAGUGCGGCAAAAGGCAGAGGUCGCGACCAUAAAUGGAGUGGUCAGCCCUGGUGCUGAGUUUCUGCGGUCUCAGAGGACCUGGACAGGUCUCGGCAGCGACUUUGAUACCGACGAAAGGAGCACUGUGGUAGAGGAGGGGCGUAGUGGUGUCGCCCGGGGCUAUACGGUUGGCAGCGACGCUGACCGUUCAUGA